AUGUCGUAUCAUAAACGGCAUAAUGGCGACACAUAUUACGCUGCAGAGUCUAUCCAAGAUAACCAAGUUUUACAAAGAGACACAAUAACUAAUGUAGCCAUUGUCCGUUUUAAAGAUGGAUCGCUACAGGAUUAUAAUACAGGCGGACCCUACAAGAUAUACAAGGCGAGCAACGUUUAUGUUGGCGACAUUUGGAUCAUGGCGGGUCAAAGUAAUAUGCGUGGUCAUGGAUAUCAAAUAGACCCCUUUACGAACCGUAGCUUGAUUGAACAAGGUCAAUCGGGGAUUCACUUGUAUAAUUCCAAAGAAGAGUGGACUAUAGCAAAAGAGCCUUUGCACCAACUUUAUUUAUCGAAAAGAACAGUGCACCAUACAUUACCUGAUCCCACCGUCAAGAACCCCAAGUUGCUAGAGUACAGAGGAGCUUCACUCGGGUUAUCCUUUGCCAAACAAUAUCGACAAGAAACUUCAAACGUACCUGUAGGAUUAGUCGCUUCUGCUCACGGAGGCACCUCUCUAAACGAUUGGAAGAGACCUGAUGUACUGAAUGAGGAGACUGAAGAUAACACCUUGUAUGGCGCUAUGAUGGCGAGGAUCAAAGCAGUUGGAGGACAUAUUGGUGGUAUACUGUGGUACCAAGGAGAGUCAGACACAAAUGCAGCUGAGGACGCUUCGACAUACAAGGAACGAUUUCGACUAUGGAUGCAAACUGUUCGACAGGACCUAAGAGAUGCUACUCUGCCUAUUGCAUUUGUUCAAAUUGGACCUCAUGCGAUUGAUGUACCAGAAACAAAAACGAAUUGGGAACGGGUUCAACUUGCACAAUUUGAUUUGAUGAUAGAAGAAGGAUAUACGGCAGGUGUCGCCAGCAUAGAUUGCUCUCUUGAUGACCGAUUACACCUUUCUGCAGCCGGAUUAAAGACUGUUGGUAAGCGAUUAGCCAUAGUAGCAUCAGCGCUCUUGCAUGCUUCUCAAAACGAUGUCGGUCUCCCCAGAGAUACAUUGUGUGCUGAAUACCAGGAUCCCAUCAUACCUGAUUUGAAAGGCAAAAUUCCACCUUGUAUCUUAUUCACAACAACAUGGUCAACUAGACAUCUCGUGGAGGAUAGUGAGGUUCCAGGAUUUGGUCUUUGUUGCCAAGACAAAAGUGUUGCCAUCAUUCAUGCACGAGUGGCAGAAGGUGGAAAUCAGAUUAGAAUUUGGAUCUCGCACAAGCCAAAGGCAGACUUAUUCUUGACCUAUGGAUUGACAUAUCCUCUGGUCGACUCGUCUAAUAAAGGCUGGCCAGCUUUCCGCAUUAAAGUCAAGUUCUGA